CGCGCAGCUGCCCCGCGGAGCCGUCCGCAGCCUCGCCCUGCUCGAGAGGCCCCACGAGCCUGUUAUGACUCCCUUGGUUGUCUGCCCAACGCCUGGUUCCUGGAAUCCAGUCCUGUGGGUCUGGCUGAAAUGUGCAGGAGAACAUCUUGCUGCGUUUCGCACCCAGGAUGGCCAAGCCUACGUGCUGGAUGCUUACUGCCCUCACCUCGGGGCCAACCUCGCCGCCGGCGGGCGCGUCGUGGGCAGCUGCAUCGAAUGCCCGUUUCACGGCUGGCAGUUUCGAGGAGAAGAUGGAAAAUGCACCCUCAUCCCGUACACUGAAAAAGUGCCAGAUUUUGCAAGGGUCCGGACCUGGCCGUCCUGUGAGGUGAACGGGAUGCUGCUGGUCUGGUACCACUGCGAAGGGGUCGGUCCAACGUGGGCAGUGCCUGAGCAGCACGAGAUCGUCACCGGGGAGUGGGUGUUCCGUGGGCAGACAGAGCACUUCGUUGAUGCGCACAUCCAGGAAAUCCCCGAGAACGCGGCCGACACGGCUCACCUGGCUUUUCUCCAUGGCCCAGCUAUUCUGGGCGGAUCCGAUCUGAGAUACACAAGGUCCAGGCUGUGGGAUUUUAUGAAGCACAUCUGGAAGGCCGAGUGGUGGCCGGAGCCGGAGCCCAACGAGCACUGUUCCCGGAUGCUGGUUCAACACACCGCAACCAUCUUCGGGAAGCGCGUCUCCUUGAUGGAUUUGACCGUUUCAGCCAGGCAGGUGGGGCCAGGUCUGGUUUUCCUGAUCUUUGAACACGCUUUCUUGGGUCAUGGGAUCAUUUUCCAGACGGUGACUCCUGUGGAGCCUCUCCUGCAGAAUGUUGUUCACAAAAUCUACUACCAGAAGAACAUACCAGCUAUAAUCCCCAAGUUCAUCCUGAGAGCAGAGUGCAUACAGUUUGAGCGUGAUAUAACCAUCUGGAAUAACAAACAGUACCUGCCCAAGCCGCUGCUGGUCAGAGAGGACUCCAGCAUCCAGAAGCACCGGCGCUGGUACGCCCAGUUCUACAGCGAAAAAAGCACAAGAGUCCCAGUGCAGAAGGAGGGCCUGGACUGGUGAGGACCAUGCUGCGGGCUGCAGAAGCUGGCCAGAGGCUCUCAGGUGGCUCCUGCCCACCCUGGCUGGUGGGCAGUGGUGCUGGGCAGGCAUGAUCGAUGUAAUAAAUAUUGGAGCUGGCACAGGGAGCAGAGCCUGAGCCCUGGUGAUCCUCUUUUACCUUCUAUGCUCAGGGCAUCAAAGCUCAAAGGGUGUAACAUGCUUGCUCGUGUACCUGUGCUGCAAUGUAUGAGCUGAGCGUGAAUUUAAGAUUGCCAGAACUGCCUUUAAAGUGCCCUUGUCUCUUGCUGCUGCUCUCAUUUUGAGUAGUUAUAUGGAAAGCUUUUCAUGUGGUCUUCUAUUGCCUGAAGUGUCCUUUCCCAGCCAGGCCCGCUGUUGCUUCUACACCAUCUCCUUGGCUGGGGCAGGCUUCAGCUCUCCAGGGGAGACUUGGCUGAUGUCUGCAUGGCAUCAGAGGUGUGAUUGCAAAGCCCACAGACAUAUGCUGUCUUCCUUCUCCCUGGCAGCAGGCAGGGCAGCAUGGGGUUUAGCUGCCCACCACGUCCUUACCCUAACUGUGGGCAUCCUGGACCUUAGUGAGGGCUUGCAUGAGUCAAUUCCUUACGGAGCUAUUGCACCCAGUUGGGAAGAAGAGGAACUACCCUGGUGACCAAAUCACUUUGACAACAACUCUGCAGGUCAGGGAUGUGAAUAAGAUCCUGCUUUUGUAGCCCCCAGUUUCCAGCAAUACACUGGGUACAUGGUUGGCUGUGAAAAUUUGUCUCAUGGCAAGACCAUAGGUUAUCACUUAGAGAAAUGAAGCUGACACAUGGAGACUAGGCUGCAAAUUUGGCAAAAACUGGUCUAGGUUCUCCUGGGCUUUGUGCCUACAUUCUCUAUAUUAAAGGACUAAAUCCCGCCUUGCUGCAUACCCUAAAGAAACCUGUAAUCUCCAUAGGCAGAGCCUGCCUUGUAUAGUUAGCAGGACUCUGGCAGUUACUCCAUGCCAAGAGUCAGCAAGAGCAAAUGCUCAAAUUUAGGAGCUUUCCAAGAAGGCUGGUAGCUGCCAUUCUCAGGUGCUCUGGCCUUGUCUCUGUCUUGCGAAUUCUGCGCUUUGCUGAGGCUUCUGGUUCCUCCUUCACCAUUAACCCAGAGCAGGACCAGGAGCAGGAACAUGCCAUUGCAGCCCUCUGCCUGUGCAGUCCUUCUCUCACCCUGGCAGCACCCCAGAUAACCAUGUGCAAGCUCUGCCUUCACCAUUCACAUCUGGCUAUUGCACUGUCAAUA